AUAAGAUCUUGAGCCAGAGGUUGGUUAUACUUGCUCGAUGAGGUUGCCGCAUGUACUGAGCACCACAUCUAAUCCACCAAACUUUGUUUUCCAGCUCACAAUACAUUUACAUAGAGCACCUUGGGAAGCCUGUUUAGUUCAACAAUUUGCUGUUCAGUUGGUAUUACUUGCGUUUGGUCCGCAAUUUUAUUGGAUAUGACUUAUGAAGUCAGAAGGGUGGCGACUGAUAGCUGCUUUCCUUGCUGGAUGUUUAUGGAUUUCGUUACUUUCCUUUUGUCUUCGCCAACCUACAAAACAAACUGUUGAGGUGGAAUAUGCCAGCAAAUUUAUAGAUGUUGAUACUAAAACUCAAAGUAUGGCAUCCAGUAUACCCCAUCGGCCGUCUCAAGAUCCUGCAUUUAAUCUAAAACUUAAUCCAAACAAGAAGUUAAUAAUUAUAGUGGCAGCCUUUCGAAGUGGGUCGACGUUUUUAGGAAACCUGUUCGACAAUAAUCCUACGAUGCAGUACUUGUUCGAGCCGUUUCACAAUGCUCAUAUCCGGAACCUCCGUGACCGGAAUGGUCUAUUCGGGGCGAGACCUGACCACACGGAGAGUGACUUGAGGAUGUUGUAUCUCCAGCAGAUGUUACACAACUGUACCAUCUACCCCACUCCUUUCCACCAUCAAUAUGCUUGGUGUGGUUCAAAAGAGGAGAAUUUACUUCGCUUCAAUUCGACUGAGUGCGGGGGAAGAAAGAUACCCGGAUCACAGCAAGAGAUCUGUAGAUAUCGGGACACUACCGUGAUCAAGGUUAUAAGACUAGCGGAUCUGUCUGAUAUCCUGAAAAUAGCCCAGAUAAGAUCAGCCAAUGUUAAAAUUAUCCAGCUCCUAAGACACCCUGUCGCUCUGAUGAUGUCCAGACGGACCGGUGGUGAGUUCUUUAUGUGGGACAUCAAGACUAAUGUUGAGCUCGUGGCUGGGGACAUCAAUCAGAGGCGGAUUAAAAUUGCUUGGGAGGCGUUCAACUACUGUAACGACCACUUAAAGGCUAUGGAACUGGUUGAGAGUGAUCCUUGGCUGAAAGACAGAUACUUGAGAGUAACUCAUCAUGGAAUGUCACUGAAACCUCUCGAAACUGCAGAGAAGGUUUACUCAUUUGUAGGGGCUACUUUAACCGAUCAUAUUAAAGAAUACAUUCGAAAUAUUACUGAGGCCAAAUCAGAGGGUUUCAAAAGUGCACCCAAAUUGGCUUUAAAUGUGUACAUGAAUUCUACGGACCUUGCCACAAAAUGGAUGAAACUGGUUUCGGCAACGGUUAAAUACUGGGACGUUUUCUCCAUUGAAGCUCAAUGUAAACGGAUGUUUAAACCGUUGAUUCAUGAAUUUUCUGUUGACACAAUACCUGACUUACAGCUGUUGAAAAUAAACUCUGCAUUAGAUGAGUUAUAUGAUCAGAUUGAUCUUGAAGAAACUGAUGAAGUACUGAAUCUCUCUGUUGUGGUGCAGUAAAAUUAUUAU